GUAGGCUUUUUUUCAUCCUCCAGCUUAGUAAUCUAACAAAAUUAUUCUUCCUAACAUUCUUAUCGUUAGCAGAAAGCGAAACAUUGAAAGGUUUUAGAAGGCUAUGUAAAUGCGUGAUGCAACAAGCUCCCUGACAGUCAAACUGAGUCGGGUAGGGAGAUGCAGACUUCCGGGUUGGGGCCCUCGGGACUCUAAGAAUCAAUGGCUGGAGACAAUAGGUGACAUGGCUCAAAAUCGUUGUCAAUGGCGCAGAUGUAUUCAGUCUCUGUAAUCUUUCAUAUUCCUUUCUACCAUUACUCACUCUGUUUCACUCUUAUACUUGUCAAAACUCUAUUGAUUCUCUUCACUCAUUUUCUUGUCUACCUUUGUGUGCUAUUUGGAACGUGGCAACUGGAACUGCUGCACUUCGGUGCCAAGUUCUAUGUUGAAUCCAGUCAGCCAGUGUGAUGCUGAAAUUGUUGACCACAGUCAUGUUUGAUGUAUCCACUCAAAGAGUUUCACUGUAGAGUAGUUUUCGAAAGUUGCGUGAAAUAGGGACUUAUUAUUUAUUUGUUUGUUUUGCUACAAUUUUUUUUACUGUAUUGGCAUGAAUAAACCAGCAACAUGGUGUAAAUAUGAGAGAUGAGUGCUGUUAAAAUGUUGGCACUGAGGUAGGUAGUUUUUCAAAGUAAAUGUCUUGCAAGCUCAGUGCUUUGAAUUUAAUCCACUUGGAGGCGAAAAAAAAAUUAGCAGUUGUACUCUCCUACCCUUUAGUAGCAAAAGUCAAUCCCAACUGGGAAUGCUGAUUUGAAGUUUUGAGGAUAAAUUUAGUCGUGGAAUUUCUUCACAAGAAAAUGUAAAUUAUUGUGUUUAACACAUAAGCCAACUUCGAUAUGUCUAAUUUAUAUCUUGAUGUGGUUCCCGUAUGCCUCUUCGUUUUAUCGUUUAUCCUACCUCCUGCAAGCACUUCAGUAGGAGAUCGGUCAUAUGUAUUUCAUAAAUGCAGUAAGAAUUGUUUAAACGAAAUGUGUGAAUCUUCUCUGCUGUCAAAUAAACAAAACUAUUGGGAUGAAUAUUUCAACUCUUCACAGUCUGUAGUUUUUGAACACACUAUUCUCUGGGAUUGUAAAUCGGAGUGUAAAUAUCGUUGUAUGUGGAGCACUGUUUCUGCAUUCGAAAGAGAUGGUUUACCUGUUCCACAAUUCAAUGGAAAGUGGCCAUUUGUACGUUUAUGGGGUAUACAAGAACCUGCCUCUGCCGUCUUUUCUUUCGUAAACCUUAUAUUUAUCUGCUUCAUGUUUUAUCGAUUUUACAAAUUUGUUCCAUUCAAUGCUCCAAUGUAUAAAACAUGGGUUGUACAAACUCUAUUUUCUGUAAACGCAUGGAUAUGGUCAAUAGUGUUUCAUACAAGGGAUACAUCAUUCACUGAGAAAAUGGAUUAUUUUAGCGCAUUGGCAUUUGUGGUUGCCUCAGUAAUGGCAGUGCAUCAGAGGAUCUUUAAUCCUAAUCGACUAGUGACAGUGUUGUUUUCUUCCGUUCUACUUGCAUUCUUUGCAAAUCAUGUAAAUUACAUGACCUAUGUUAAUUUUGACUAUGGUUACAAUAUGACAGUUAAUAUUUCAUUCGGCGUUAUCAAUUGCUUCAGUUGGUUAUUCUUUUCCAUGUACAUUUGUGAUUAUAAAAAGCAACCCUAUGUGAUUUACUGUUGGUUAUCUGUAACAUCUCUAUCAUUGUUUAUGUUAUUGGAAUUAUGGGAUUUUGUACCUAUUGUUUGGACGUUUGAUUCACAUGCCUUAUGGCAUGCUUCAUCUGUAUUCGUAAUUAUUCCAUGGUACAAAUUUAUAAUCGCUGAUUGUUUAUAUUUGCUGAAACAGAAUCAACUAAAAAGUGAUAUGCAAAGUGAACUGGUCGAUUAUAUAAGUGAUGGUAAAAUAUAUUAGUUGCCUCAUGAUAAUAUGCACUUAUGUAUUGAAUAAUAUUUUCUAGUUUUGAUUAAUAUGUUUACAUUUGAAAUCAAAUAAUUAUUCUUAAGUGUUUUAUUUUGUUUACAAUUUCUUUGAAAGCUAAUAAAUUAUAAUCCUGUGAUGUCUGUGUGCUGGUGUCUUUUCUUCUCUCGUGUCAAUAUCCUGGUUUUCAGGUGUUUUAUGCGUCAUAUACACGUUAGCGGAUUAUUGUUAAGCGAUGC